AUGCUCUUGUCCACACAUGUAACUGCCCAUGUGUCGGGGUCCUGGGUGCGGGCUUUGGCAGUGGAUAUGGCAACCCUCAAGGUUUGUAUCGCGAUCGACAAUAUGCUGUCGCUGAACGUAGUCCUGGCGGAUAGAAAACUUCACUCGAUUGCGCCCACGGACAAGGAUCUCUGGUGGGCACUCCACGGUACCGGUCCUAACUUUAGCAUUGUUACUUCGUCGACCUUAAAGUCAGCAGAGGGCUUCUCUACUAAAGGCGGGUACAAGCCGGCAUACACUGCUGGUCCCGCCAAAACGGUUUCCACCACCUGGAAGGCUGCCUGGGGUGAGUACAUUAAUUUCGCCCAUGAAGAUGAGGACCCUUCGGCAAUCUAUGGCGAGAACGUUGACCGCCUGAGAUCCAUCAAAGCCCAAGUUGAUUCAAACAAUACCUUCAAUCAAUGGAUUACCGUGUGA